CCGUGUACUAUCUAGGGACGGACCCAGUGAAGCUAGUUCUGAGGAAAGCGCUAGAAACGUGUUGCUUUGGUUUCUUAUCUCGGAUAAUGCCAGUCAGACGUUCAUAAGACUCUUAGGGGUCACUGUACGUCCAUGUGUCUUGUCCAAUUCAGCAAGUAGAUGGCGUCUUCCCAUAACACAGGCGCCUCAUCCCUCCUGAAGACAGCUGAGUCACAUCUCCACGCGAGCUCGCUGAAGACACUUCCGAGGCUGUAUUUCCCGGGGUCUCGCGCUCAGACACAAUGCUGACGAUCAUUCUGAAGACCCUCCAGCAGCAGACGUUUAAAGUGCAGAUAGACGAGGAGCUGACGGUAAAAGCUCUAAAAGAGAAGAUAGAGGAAGAAAAGGGGCAAGAUGCUUUUCCAGCUGUAGGUCAAAAACUAAUCUAUGCAGGCAAAAUUUUGAAUGACGAUAUACCUCUAAAAGAAUACAAGAUAGAUGAGAAGAAUUUUGUCGUGGUGAUGGUUACAAAGCCCAAACCUGCAGCACCUCCCCAAGCUCCUGCUCCCGCGCCAGCAGCUGCCGCUACCGUUAGCGCAACUGUCGACGAAACCCCUGCACAUCCGCCCUCAACUCCUGCUGCGCCUCCUGCUGUCUCCACAGUGCCUGUAUCGACCCCCACUUCCACUCCCAUAGAACCAGCGGCAUCAACGGAACCGCCCGCGCCGCCCAGUACAGCGCCCCCUGCUGCCUCGGAGGCUGCUGCGGAAAAUCCUGAGCCUGUUAGCGUGACUCCCGCUCCGAUCUCAGAAGAGGAGAACCAGGAAGCCCAAGAGGAGCAGGCCAUCGCUCAAUCAGAGGCCAGCAUUACAGAUGAAUUGGGUAUUUUAGAAGCAGCUGCGUCCAUACUAGUUACAGGUCAAGCGUAUGAGAAUUUGGUGACGGAAAUCAUGUCAAUGGGUUAUGAGAGAGAACAGGUGAUUGCCGCCUUACGAGCAAGUUAUAACAAUCCGGACAGAGCCGUGGAGUAUCUGCUUAUGGGUAUUCCAACAGAAUCCGAACAGCCACCGCAGGAAGUAGUGCAGCCCACGCCAGUGUCCAACCCCACCCCUCCAGCACCACAGCGACCUCAGCCGCCGCCUGCCACAGCCGGUGUGGAGUCGGGAGCGACGCAGGCCUUGGCGAACCCGCUGGAGUUCCUGAGGAACCAGCCGCAGUUCCAGCAGAUGUGUCAGAUCAUCCAGCAGAACCCGGCACUGCUGCCGGCGCUCCUGCAGCAACUCGGCCGCGACAACCCGCAGCUCCUGCAGCAAAUCACGCAGCAUCAGGAGCGAUUCGUGCAGAUGUUGAACGAGCCACACGGAGGCGAAGCCGGAGCCGCUGAAGCUCCCAGCGCACCACAGACCAACUACAUCCAGGUCACGCCGCAGGAGAAGGAGGCCAUCGAGAGGUUAAAAGCUCUGGGGUUUCCAGAGGGACUCGUCAUCCAAGCCUACUUUGCCUGCGAGAAGAACGAAAACCUUGCUGCGAACUUCCUGCUCCAGCAGAACUUUGACGAUGAGUGAACGUUAACCGUUUAGACACGAACACACAUGAAGGAA